AUGGCCACCUUCGGCUUGCUGAUGCACGCGCUGGGCAAGACUGAAGAAGCAGAGUACCUGAUCCGGCGAGUCGCCGACGGCCGCGAGGCCGCCUUCGGCCCCCUGCACCCGCAGACCCUCCAGGCGAAGUCCUCCCUGGCCAGGGUGCUGGCGGCCAGCGGCCAGCUCCGCGCGGCCGAGCCCGUUGCGCAGAGCGCCAGCGACGGCCUCUCCCAGGUGCUCGGGCCGUCCCACGCCGACGCCCGGUCGGCUCGGGGCGAGCUCGCGAGGCUGGAGGAGGCGCUGGGCGAGCACGCCAAGGCCGAGGCGCUGUACCGCGGCCUCUUCGAAGAGUGCCAGGACUCCCUGGGGCCCAGCCACCCAGAGACGCUCCUGCACCUGGAGGCCCUGGCGAGGGCGCUCGAGGCGGCCGGCAGGCCCGAGGAGGCCGAGCCGUUGCACCUGCGCGUGCUGAGGAGCAGGCAGAGCGAGCUCGGCCCGGACCACGAAAGCACCUGGGCCUCCCACGACGGCCUGGCUCGGGUGCUGGAGGCGCGGGGCAGGCCCGGCGAAGCCGCAGUCCACGCGCGCGUGGCCUUCGAAGGCCGGGAGCUGCGGCUGGGGCCGCAGCACCCGCACGCGUUGCGGAGCUCUGACGACCUGGCCAGGCUGCUCGAAGCCAGCGGGGACCUCGCCGGCGCGGAGGCGUGCCAGAGGCGCGCGCUGGAGGCCAGGGAGACCGAGCUGGGGCCCGCCCACGCCGACACCAUCUCGACCCUCGACCGGCUGGUGACGCUGCUCCGGGCACAGCAGCGCUACCAGGACGCGGAGGAGCUGGCGCGGCAGGCGCUGGCGAGGCGCGAGGAAUCCAUCGGGCUGGCGCACCCCGACACGCUGUCCGCGGUCGACAGCCUCGCCACGCUGCUGGCCAUGCAGGGGAGGUACGGGGAGGCGGAGCCCCUCGCGCGGCGCGCCACGAGCGGCAGGGAG